AUGGCAGUGACAGUGAGGGUGAUAUCAGCCCUAUUGUUUCAAGACAAUAUAUCGGACUGGCAAUUUCGAAUCAAACGAUUUCUCAAGAGUAAAAAAGAAACGCCGGUGAGUCAGUUCCAUAACAGUAGUUUCAAACAAACACCAACGCCUCGAAUGCACAUUAAUCUACCCAAGAUAAACAUCAAAUCCUUUGGAGGAGAUCCACUUGAAUGGCUCACAUUCUGGGAUAGCUUUAGUGCAGCUAUCGAUAAAAACCUUGAACUAAGUGAUGUUGAAAAAAUGAAUUAUCUUAAUGGAAUGCUUAAAGGAGAAGCAGCGCGCGCUAUCUCCGGGCUUCCAUUGACUGAAGAAAAUUAUAGAAAAGCAACUGAGCUAUCAAAAGAGCGCUUUGGCAAACCCCAAAAUUUAACCAACACUUACAUGGAAUCAUUAUCCAAGAUCCGAGCGCCAUCAAGUGACAUUAAAAAUUUAAGGGAAUUUCACAAUACAUGCGAAGCCAAUAUUCGUGGCUUAGAAACACUUGGCGUAAUGACAGAAUCAUAUGGUAGUUUGCUAAUUCCCAUCCUCCUAAAGAAAAUACCCGAGGACAUACGCUGUUUAGUAUUCAGAGCGGAUCCUUUAGCGGACAGCUCCCUGGAUAGAUUGAGGGUAGCCAUAAGACAAGAAAUUAAAACACGAGAGAAAAGUCACAUAUCCUCUCAAGAAGAUUCCACAUCUGUUGAAAUGGACAGAGAAGUAUUCGCACCAACCGCUGGCACUCUAUUAGCCAAUGCUCAGCAAAAACAAAGAAUUUUCAACAGAAAACCGAAAGUAACACGCCCAUGCACUUACUGCGCGGAAACACACCGCCCAGAGAGAUGCGAUAAAAUCACAUCAGUAGAAGAACGCAGAUCUAUCCUUCAAUGCCAACAAAGAUGUCUAAACUGUCUUGGACUCAAACACACGAAAAGUCAAUGCUACUCAAAAGGUCGUUGUAUGAAGUGUAAGAGAAAACACCAUACUUCAAUCUGCGAAGAAAACAAGAGAAUCCAAACCAAAGUUCAUCAUAUCAGAUGA